CAUUAAUGACUGGCAUGCUGUCCCCAGUCUAGGCUCCAGACAGGUAUGCGUGGUGCCUUUGGAGAGCCCCAGGGCACAGUGGCCAGGGUCCACAUUGGCCAGGUCAUAAUGUCCAUCCGCACCAAGCUGCAGAACAAGGAGCAUGUGAUUGAGGCCCUCCGCAGGGCCAAGUUCAAGUUCCCUGGCCGCCAGAAGAUCCACAUUUCCAAGAAGUGGGGAUUUACUAAGUUUAAUGCAGAUGAGUUUGAAAACAUGGUGGCAGAAAAGCGGCUCAUCCCAGAUGGCUGUGGGGUCAAGUACAUCCCUUAUCGUGGCCCCUUCGACAAAUGGCGGGCCCGGUACUCGUGAGAGCCUUGGCGCUGC